CGCACCACGCAGAGUCCUUCUGUCGGUUGGUCCUGGAGCGGCGCAGCCGGAGCGGGGCCGUGAGGAGAAUAAAGGCAGCCCCGUUGAUGACUGAAAAUGACAAAGCAUCCACCUAACAGACGAGGAAUCAGCUUUGAAGUGGGAGCCCAGUUGGAAGCCCGGGACCGAUUAAAAAACUGGUAUCCAGCUCACAUAGAAGACAUUGACUACGAAGAAGGAAAAGUACUCAUCCAUUUCAAGCGCUGGAACCAUCGUUACGAUGAAUGGUUCUGCUGGGACAGUCCGUAUUUACGCCCGUUAGAGAAAAUCCAGCUGAGGAAAGAGGGCUUACAUGGAGAAGAAGGAUCGUCUGAAUUUCAGAUAAAUGAACAGGUCCUUGCUUGCUGGUCUGAUUGUCGUUUUUAUCCAGCCAAAGUCACUGCUGUUAACAAGGAUGGUACUUACACUGUGAAAUUUUAUGAUGGAGUAGUUCAGACUGUCAAACAUAUUCAUGUCAAAGCUUUUUCCAAAGAUCAGAAUAUUGUGGGUAAUGCUAGGCCUAAAGAAACAGAUCACAAAAGUCUUUCAUCAACUCCUGAUAAACGAGAGAAGUUUAAAGAGCAGAGAAAAGCUACCGUCAAUGUGAAAAAAGACAAAGAGGACAAAGCCUUAAAAACAGAAAAGCGACCCAAGCAGCCUGAUAAAGAAGGAAAGCUGAUCGGCUCUGAAAAGGGAAAGGUGUCAGAGAAAAACCUUCCUAAGAACGAGAAGGAAGACAAGGAGAACAUUUCCGAAAAUGACAGGGAGUAUACUGGAGAUGCCCAAGUGGAUAAGAAGCCAGAAAAUGACAUUGUGAGGAGUCCACAAGAAAACUUGAGGGAGCCUAAAAGAAAACGAGGCAGACCCCCUUCCAUAGCUCCUACUGCUGUGGAUUCCAACUCCCAAACUUUGCAACCAAUAACAUUGGAAUUGAGAAGACGGAAAAUAUCAAAAGGAAGCGAAGUUCCAUUAAAACGUCCUCGGCUUGACAAAAAUUCACCACAAGAAAAGUCAAAAAAUUACGUGGAAAACACUGACUUAUCAAGGAGACGGUCCUCCAGACUGUCCACUAACGGGACUCAUGAGAUCCUAGAUUCUGACUUGGUUGUAUCAGAUUUGGUUAAUGUAGUUGAUACACAACCAUUGCGAGACACAUCUUCUAGCACCAAGGAAUCUGAAGGUCAGUUGAAAUCUCCUUUGGAAGCAGGACAGGUCUCAUCUGCACUAACUAGCCACUCCUUUGGGGAUGGUUUGGAGCCAACAGGUGUGGAGUUGAACUGCAAGUCAAUGGGAGAAAACACUAUGAAAACGGAACCAGCCUCUUCCGUUUCUGAGUUACAGGAGAUAUCGACUGUUACAGUAACAAAUGCUUUAAAGAAAACAGAUGAUUUUGUGGCAUCUAAAACACCAGCUGUUGACCUGGACCACAAGUUCAGAUGCAAGGUUGUGGACUGUUUAAAAUUUUUCCGCAAAGCCAAAUUAUUACACUAUCAUAUGAAGUAUUUCCAUGGAAUGGAGAAGUCACCAGAGCCCGAGGAAAGUCCCGGAAAGAGACAUGUCCAAACAAGGGGUUCUGCAGCUUCAGAUAAGGCCAGCCAGGAGAGUCUGCCUAGGAAACGAGUCUCGGCCAGUUCCCCAACUGUGAAAGACAAGGAAAAGAAUAAAGAGAAGAAGUUCAAAGAGUUUGUGAGAGUGAAACCAAAGAAAAAAAAGAAAAAGAAAAAGAAAACCAAGCCUGAAUGCCCCUGCAGUGAGGAGGUCAGUGAUACCUCCCAGGAGCCCUCUCCACCUAAGGCGUUUGCUGUUACCAGGUGUGGGACUUCACACAAGCCUGGAGCCCACCUGAGCCCACAGCUCCCUGGCUCAGAAUCCGGAAACCACAAAGGAAAAGUGAAAGUAUCUGAGGAGGAUAAUCUGAGUGAAUCCUCAUCCGAGAGCUUUCUUUGGAGUGAUGAAGAGUAUGGCCAAGAUGUGGACGUGACCACCAACCCAGAUGAAGAGCUGGAUGGGGAUGUCCGGUACGAUUUUGAGGUGGUCCGCUGCAUCUGUGAGGUCCAGGAGGAAAAUGACUUCAUGAUUCAGUGUGAAGAGUGCCAUUGCUGGCAGCAUGGGGUCUGCAUGGGAUUACUGGAAGAAAAUGUGCCCGAGAAAUACACCUGUUAUGUUUGCCAAGAUCCACCAGGUCAGAGACCUGGCUUCAAAUAUUGGUAUGACAAGGAGUGGUUGAGCAGGGGACAUAUGCAUGGCCUGGCCUUUCUAGACGAAAACUAUUCCCACCAGAAUGCCAAGAAGAUUGUGGCCACCCACCAGCUCCUUGGCGAUGUGCAAAGAGUAAUUGAGGUUCUGCAUGGUCUGCAGCUCAAGAUGAGCAUCUUACAAAGCAGGGAGCAUCCCGAUCUGCAGCUGUGGUGUCAGCCUUGGAAACAACACUCUGGGGAGGGACAGUCUCAUUCCAGACACAUCCAUGCUGCUGAAGGAAGGAGCACGGAGGAACUCCUAAGCUAUAGAACUUUGAACGGGGCAGUGGAGAAGCCCCUGCCCCUGCCCCUGCCUCUGCCCCCAUCUGUGGAAGAGUCCUAUAUCACCAGUGAGCAUUGCUACCAAAAGCCCCGCGCCUAUUACCCUGCUGUGGAACAGAAGCUGGUGGUCGAGACUCGAGGCUCCGCCCUGGAUGAUGCCGUCAACCCCCUCCAUGAGAAUGGUGACGAUUCCCUUUCCCCACGCCUGGGCUGGCCUCUAGAUCAAGACAGGAGCAGGGGCAACAGUGACCCGAAACCCAGCUCCCCAAAGGGAAGGGAAUAUGUGUCCAAAAAGGUCUCCCCAGAGGAAGCCCCUGCUCGGAAGCUGCUGGACAGAGGCGGAGAGGCACUGCUGAGCUCCCAGCACCAGUGGCAGUUUAACCUGCUGACACAUGUGGAGUCUCUGCAGGAUGAAGUCACUCAUAGGAUGGACUCCAUUGAGAAGGAGCUGGAUGUGUUGGAGAGCUGGCUGGACUAUACUGGGGAACUGGAGCCCCCAGAGCCUUUGGCCAGGCUACCACAACUGAAGCAUUGCAUCAAGCAGCUGCUGAUGGACCUAGGCAAGGUGCAGCAGAUUGCUCUCUGCUGCUCAACAUGAAGCUGUGCACCCAAACUAAUGGGGACACCUGCAGGAGAAGCUUCACGUAUUUAAAUAAACAAACCUAGCAUGCUGAAUGCACAUUGACGCCGACAGACAUCAGGGAUCUGGGCAGGGGUGUGGUGAGCAUUGGAUACAGAGGCCAUUUGGCUGUUUGGAAGGCUGGGCAGUCUGGUCUCAAAGCCUGCCAAGAAGAUACAAGUAAGACUCUUGUGGAUUCCUUUUUUGGUGUACAUCGUUGAAUGAAGAGAGAACUUUUUUGCACAAACUUCACUUGAAAUCGUGCCACUGAUGAUAAAAAAAUGGAAUGAGAGCCAAAAAAAUUAGUCGGGAAGUUGUAAAUUAGAUUUGCAGCUUAUUUGACUUUUUCAUCAGGUUGGGGCACAUACCAACCAUUACGGUUUCUGCCUGACAUUGUUUAGUCAGCAGACAUCAUUUUCACUUCCAGCGUCGUGGGCAUGUCGGACGGCACCAUUCUGUGAUGGCUGGGCAGGAGCUCGUUAGGCCUCUUCACUUACUCACAUCUCUUGCAUGACUUCAUGGUACGGGGGACAGGUUUUGUAUGCAUUCACCCCAGAGUUGGCCGGAUUGUUUCUUUUGUAGAGUCCAUAGACUAUGGAGAAGCUAGAAUCUCAUUCUAAUAAAAAUCUAGGGCAAAUUUCAAACUGAAGAGCAGGCAGGGUCUGCAACUUAAAGGACAGAAUUUUUUACUCACUUCUUAGACAGCUUCCCAGUUCUAUUUAAGGCCCCAAAAUUGUUUCCCUAAAUUUUGAACUCUUUCACUAUGAAGAUUUGUUAUGCAGAAUGUGGUUUGGAGAAUUACCUUAUUUUAUAAUGUAAACUUUCAAUCCUACACGUGCCGCUUUUCCUCCUGGAGGGUAUGUUCAGUAGUCAGCGUUUUCAGAAUUGUUUUGUUAAUAUACAUUUAACACUUUUAACUUUCCUGUUUGUGUUAUUUUGUGAGAUCAAGGUGAUCAUGCUGCUUAAGGUCCAGGUACAGUAUAUUUGUACCUUUUAAGACAAUUUUUGUGUUACUAUUGCAGGUUACGGUUCCAAGUAUAAUUGCUAUAUUGUGUUUUUUUACUAGUAGGCAAAGAACAUGUCCUAUGCUUUGAUGAGUGAAUCAUUACACUAUAGUUUUAUUAUUACUAAAAGCAGAAAUCUAAGCACAGCUGUCCAUUAAUAUUCACAAUUAUGGGUUUAUGAAUCUGUAAUGUUAUAUGCUGCAAAUAUUUACUGUGUAAACGUGAAGUAGCCAGUAUCUCAUAGCAAUGACAGUAUCUCCAGGGACCUUUGGAAUGGAUAGGCUGUGAGGCAUCUAUUGUGAAGGCCUGUAUACCAAGAUCUGUUUCAGAGAAUGCUCUUUUCUAGUGAAUUAUUUUCCAUUUGGUGUAAAUUUGACUAUAGGACAAGUAUAAAUUGGCCUGCUGUAGCUUAUCCAUCAGAGGGAAUACAUGCAGCCUAACAUCUGGAAGAAAGCAAACAGCUUCUCUACAGGAAUCUGUCACUUACUGUAAUGGUGGUGUUUCUGGUGUGGUAAGACACAAAAGUGUUUGUGGCAUCUGUUUUGAAUAAUCAGACAACAUAUUUUAAUAACCAUCUGAUACAUCUGAAAAAAGAGACAGGAUGAUUUUCUGUAGCCACAACUGUGAGGUAAGAUGACUUUUUUAAGAGUAAUGAUUUUGUUUUGUGAAAAUACAUUUGACUGUCACAUUUGAGGAAGUUGUCAACUUCGUCUUUUUGGAAGAUGAGGGCAGGAACUGAAUUACCCUAAUUUUGACAGGUGGCCAUUGUGGGUUCAUUGCUUAUGUUCCAUAAAGAUGAGGAGGGGGCAUUUUAUCCAUUAUGACUUUUGUCCUUAGGGAAGCAGGGAGGUUGCCCCAAGUUCUGACCUCUGUACUUCCCUAUAUUAAAGCCAUGUUGAGGGGCUUUAUCCCCGAUUCCUAAGUCAAGGUGAAUUAACCCCAAGUUGGAGCACUGGAAAUUAUUUGCAAACAUUACUGUUACCAUUUAGAAACAUGUGCACUACUACCUAAGUUUUGUCUUUUAAGAAAAACUAUCCACCUACAAAAAUUGCCUUGAUACAGACAGUUCUGGUUUGACUAAUCAUUUUGAGUGCUGAGUGUAUGCAAGGUGGAUCGUUGAUGAGCCACCAAUGCACUGUGGAUACAAACCUAUGUUUACGCGCUGUUAGAACAGAAUGCGCUAUGUAUAGAAAUGUUGCUCUGAAGCAAUAUUUGCAAAACAUGCAAACUUCUGUAUUCGGGAAAAAUAAAACAGGUUUUUGUUGCUUUGUU